AUGCCGCGCGGUGCCGCCUGGGCGCUGCUCUUGGCGGCGGCCCUGGGGCUCGGAGCGCGCGGAGUGCGCGGCGCGGUGGCGCUGACCGACUUCUACCCGUUCGGAGCGGAGCACGGCGACGCUGUCACCCCCAAGCAGGACGACGGCGGGUCGGGGCUGCGGCCGCUCUCCGUGCCCUUCCCGUUCUUCGGCGCCGAGCACUCCGGCCUUUAUGUGAACAACAACGGCGUCAUCUCCUUCCUGAAAGAGGUCUCGCAGUUCACCCCGGUGGCCUUCCCCAUCGCCAAGGACCGCUGCGUGGUGGCCGCCUUCUGGGCAGACGUGGACAACCGGCGUGCAGGGGAUGUGUACUACCGGGAAGCCACCGACCCGGCCAUGCUGCGCAGAGCCACGGAGGAUGUCAGACGAUACUUCCCUGAGCUGCCAGACUUCUCCGCCACCUGGGUUUUCAUCGCCACCUGGUACCGCGUGACCUUCUUUGGAGGCAGCUCUUCCUCCCCCGUCAACACGUUCCAGACGGUGCUCAUCACGGACGGCAAGUUCUCGUUCACCAUCUUCAACUAUGAGUCGAUCACCUGGACCACGGGCACACAUGCGAGCAGCGGGGGUGACACCGCUGGCCUGGGGGGCAUCGCGGCCCAGGCCGGCUUCAACGCGGGAGAUGGGCGGCGCUACUUCAGCAUCCCCGGCUCGCGCACGGCGGACAUGGCAGAGGUGGAGACCAGCACCAACGUGGGCGUGCCCGGGCGCUGGGCGUUCAGAAUCGAUGAUGCCCAGGUGCGCGUGGGGGGCUGCGCCCAUGCAACCUCCGUGUGCCUGGCCCUGCGCCCGUGCCUCAACGGCGGCAAGUGCAUUGACGACUGCGUCACCGGCAACCCCUCCUACACCUGCUCCUGCCUCGCAGGCUUCACGGGGAGGAGGUGCCAGCUGGAUGUGAACGAGUGUGCUUCCCACCCGUGUCAGAAUGGCGGCACCUGCACACAUGGCGUUAACAGCUUCAGCUGCCAGUGUCCGGCUGGUUUCGGGGGACCCACCUGUGAGACAGCACAGUCUCCGUGCGACGCCAAAGCAUGUGCGAACGGCGGCCAGUGCCAGGUGGUCGGGGGCUCCGCGGUUUGCACGUGCCCGGCCGGCUACACCGGCGACGACUGCGAGGCAGACGUGGACGAGUGCGCCUCUGGCCCGUGCCUGAACGGAGGCUCGUGUGUCGACCUCGUGGGGAACUUCACCUGCCUGUGCGCAGAGCCCUUCGAGGGACCGCGCUGCGAGACAGGAAGCCCCCCAGUGCCCGACACCUGCCUCUCAGCCCCUUGCCAGAACGGGGGCACCUGUGUGGACGCAGACCAAGGCCACGUGUGCGAGUGCCCUGGAGGCUUCAUGGGCCCCGACUGCAGGGACAGAACCCCGGACGACUGUGAGUGCCGCAAUGGCGGCAGAUGCCUGGGGGCCAACACCACCUUCUGCCAGUGCCCCCCGGGCUUCUUUGGGCUCCUCUGCGAAUUUGAAGUCACAGCCACGCCCUGCAACAUGAACACCCAGUGCCCUGACGGCGGCUACUGCAUGGAAUACGGCGGGAGCUACCUGUGCGUCUGCCACACCGACCACAACAUCAGCCACUCACUGCCGUCGCCGUGCGACUCGGACCCGUGCUUCAACGGAGGCUCCUGCGAGGCCCACGAGGACUCCUACACGUGCGAGUGCCCGCGCGGGUUCCACGGCAGGCACUGCGAGAAAGCCCGCCCGCGCCUGUGCAGCUCAGGGCCCUGCCGGAACGGGGGCACGUGCAAGGAGGCAGGCGGCGCAUACCAGUGCAGCUGCCCGUACCGCUUCACCGGGAGGCACUGCGAGAUCGGGAAGCCAGAUUCGUGUGCCUCAGGCCCCUGUCACAAUGGCGGCACCUGCUUCCACUACAUUGGCAAGUACAAGUGCGACUGUCCCCCAGGCUUCUCCGGGCGGCACUGUGAGAUAGCCCCCUCGCCCUGCUUCCGGAGCCCCUGUGCCAAUGGGGGCACCUGCGAGGACCUGGGCACGGACUUCUUCUGCCACUGCCAAGCAGGGUACACCGGACGCCGGUGCCAGGCGGAGGUGGACUGCGGCCCCCCUGAGGAGGUGAAGCAUGCCACGCUGCGCUUCAAUGGCACCCGGCUGGGCUCCGUGGCGCUGUACUCAUGUGACCAAGGCUACAGCCUGAGCUCCCCCAGCCCCGCCCGGGUCUGCCAGCUGCAGGGCGUCUGGAGCGAGCCUCCCCAGUGCCACGAAAUUGACGAGUGCCGAUCCCAGCCGUGCCUGCAUGGGGGCUCCUGCCAGGACCGAGUUGCCGGGUACCUGUGCAUCUGCAGCCCGGGGCGUGAAGGAGCCCGCUGCGAGUUGGGCCCGUGUCCUGCCUCGGGGGAGACGGACCAGUGCCAGGCACAGCCCUGCAGAAACGGAGGUUCCUGCAGGGUCCUCCCAGGGGUCUACGGGUGCCAGAGCCCUGCAGGCUUCACGGGAGUCCACUGUUCUCCAGAGGUGGACGCCUGUGACUCCAGCCCCUGCCAGCACGGAGGCCGGUGCGAGAACGGCGGCGGGGCCUACCUGUGCGUCUGCCCGGAGGGCUUCUUCGGCUACCACUGCGAGACAGUGAGCGACCCCUGCUUCUUCAGCCCCUGCGGGGGCCGCGGCUACUGCCUGGCCAGCAACGGGUCCCACAGUUGUACCUGCAAAGUGGGCUACACGGGCAAGGACUGCGCCAAAGAGCUCUUCCCACCAACGGCCCUCAAGGUGGACCGAGUGGAGGAGAGCGGGGUCUCCAUCUCCUGGCGCCCGCCCGAGGGCCAGGCCGCCAGGCAGCUGCUGGACGGCUACGCAGUCACCUACGCCUCCUCUGACGGCUCCUUCCGCCGCACCGACUUUGUGGACCAGAGCCGCUCCUCCCACCAGCUCCGGGCCCUGGCGGCGGGCAGGGCCUACAACAUCUCCAUCUUCUCGGUCAAGCGCAACGCCAACAACAGGAACGACAUCAGCAGGCCCGUGGCGCUGCUCGCCCACACGCGACCCCGCCCCGUCGAGGGCCUUGAGGUCGCCAACGUGACGGCCAGCGCCAUCUCCGUGCGGUGGGCUCUGCACAGGACCCGCCACGCCACCGUCAGCGGUGUCCGCGUGUCCAUCCGCCACCCCGAGGCCCCAGAGGACCAGUCCACCGAUGUGGACAGGAGUGUGGACACGUUCACAUUUGGGGCUCUGCUGCCAGGAAGGAGGUACACCGUCCGGGUGACCGCCCUCAGUGGGCUCGGGGGACAGGAGCGCCCCGCCGAGAGCCUGGCCUCAGCCCCACUGCACGUGUGGACCCGGCCUCUGCCGCCGGCAAACCUGACCGCCGCCCGAGUCACGGCCACCUCUGCCCACGUGGUCUGGGAUGCCCCCACUCCAGGCACCUCCCUGGAGGCCUAUGUCAUCAAUGUGACCACCAGCCAGAGCACCAAGAGCCGCUACGUCCCCAAUGGGAGGCUGGUGUCCUACACGGUGCGGGACCUGCUGCCCGGGCGGCGGCACCAGCUCUCGGUGACGGCCGUGCAGGGCACUGAGGGCGGCCAGCUGCACAGCGAGCCUGCGCACCUUCACAUCGUCACCUCCCCGAGGGACGGCGCCGACAGACGCUGGCACCGGGAGGGACUGCAGCCGCGGGUGCUCAGAAACAGACCAGCCCCCGGGCGCCUGCCGGAGCUUCGCCUGCUCAGUGACCGCGGGGCCCCCACGAUGCCAACCCAGGCCCCCAGGUUCUCGGAGCUCGUGGACGGCAGAGGACGAGCGAGUGCCCAGCUCAGCGGCUCCCCAGGCCAGUCGGUCCCCGCGAGAUCACAGCCCACAGCGCCGGCGCAGCUCGAGGACGCCCCUGAGCAGGCCAGCCUAGCCCCCCAGCUCCCUGAGCGCGGUGGCGACAAGGACGCGGGAAAUACCCCCGGGAACUGCACAGAAAACCCCUGUCAGAACGGCGGCACCUGUGUGCCGGGCACGGACGCCCACAGCUGUGACUGCAGCCCAGGGUUCAAAGGCAGACGCUGCGAGCUCGCCUGCAAGAAGCUGCCCCAGCCCUGCACGCGGCUGUUCUCGGAGACCAAGUCCCUGCCAGUCUGGGAAGGAGGCAUCUGUCACCAUGUGUAUAAGCGAGUGUACAAGGUGCACCAGGACGUCUGCUUCAGAGAGAGCUGCGAAAGCACAAGCGUCAAGAAAAACCCAAACAGGAAGCAAAGCAACAGCCCAGCACUGAAGGCAGCAUAAGCAGUUCCCAGACCCUUCUGGAAACCCAAGCCCACCUGACCCCACCUCCGCACACGUGAACGGCCCGAGUCUCCACAGUCACCUGCAAGACAGAGACCCCAAGGCCCCUCCACAGCCUGUACCCAGCUUCCCGCGGACCGAGAGCUCCUGUCAACGCGAUGCCACUGGGCGGCCGGACAGCC